GCUGGAAGUCAUUUUGGAGGAUGUUUUGAGAUCGUGGUUAAAGCGUUCAAGAGAGCCUUCUAUGCCAUAUAUCAUCGAGCCGAUUUGACUUUCUCAGAGUUCCGUACGGCAGUUGCAGAAGUUGAAGCCCUUCUAAAUUCAAGACCAUUGAUGGAAUCGAAAUCUGAUGAUGUUCCUGUUCUAACACCUGCUCAUUUUCUAGUUGGUUUGGUUGGUGGACAUUCACUUUGUCCUCCCCUGGAGAAAAAGUUAACGCUUUAUGAAAGAUUCAAGUAUCUAAACACGACGUUAGAUCACUUUUGGAAGAGAUUUAUGAACGAGUUCUUACCCGAGUUACACCCUAGAAGAAAAUGGCGUCAAGAGACAAGAGAACCUUCUGUUGGAGAGUUGGUGGUUCUGGUUGACGAUCAAUUGCCGAGAGGACUUUGGAAAUUUGUGGUGAUAAAAGAAUUAAGCCGAGGACAAGAUGGACGAGUCAGACAAGUCUUCAUAAGAGAUUCUGAUGGUUCAGUAUUAAAAAGACCCGUUUCAAAAUUACUACCACUAGAUGUUGAACCACUCAACUAAACCUGGUUUGAAUCUUUUGAUUCAAGGCCGGAGAUGGGGUGGGAAAACAUGUCAGUCAUGAAUUGACAUCAAGCUUAUUGUUUCAACGUUAAAAAUAAAUGAAUAAGUGAAAAAUGAAUAAUACAUCCGAGUGGGCCUUUCUUACGUUACUUCAGUUUCAGAUCAUGGAAGACCUCAUCGACCUCCAUCCCAGCGAACACGAUAUGGAUUUCGGGGUGGAUACUAAUCUACCCGAUUUUUCGGAAGAGUUUCCUCCGACUCGUCAUCCACCGGCAGUCCGCGACCGGGAGGAAAUCGACGUGAAGAACAGUCCAUGGAAUGAUCGCUCCGAGAGGAGGAAGAUGGGUCUCAAAAUUCUUCCCGUAUUCACGAUGAAAGAAGCUAGAACGAUCAUGGAAAGAAUUCAUCAAUUUACACUAGACUUCCUUACUAUAACGGAGGAGGAAUUAAAAGGUCGUGUUUUAUGCAUCGGAAAAUAUGAUAAAAAAGAGGACAUUGAAGCUCAUCCGGUUUUCCAAAGUUUCAGGGACACGGUUGAAAAAACCGGCAUUCUGAUUGUCGAUACCGAAGGUCCCAGCCAAAGACGCUUGAAGAAUCAUCGAAUUCCACUUGAAGCCACAUCGUCAAUGGUCGAAGUUCUUCAACUGGGUGAUAUCCUUGGAAACGUGGUCAUAAUCCAGACACUUCAAGAUUGUCGAGAAGAACACACUGGAUGCAGAUGUUCAAUCCCCUGUCCCAAAAUUGGGAAGAAAUUCGGAAAAGAGGAUGGGAUAUACAAGUCGUUGUCCAAAAGACAAGGGAAAUCACAAGUCUUGGCAAAACCGAAGGAAUCUGAAGAUCCAUGGAUUCGGAGAUUUCCCAGAGUGCGUCAGGAACUGGUUGAAUUCGAAAUCGGUUUUCGUUGUCCAAAGUGAUGUUGCUUGUCAUUCUGGCACAUUUGGCGACAAAGAACGGAUUGAUGGACUUUUGGGGUCGGACUGCAAUUCCUGGGUUGAACUCUAUAAUAUCCAUGCUAUGUUCUUUGGUGCGAGUUCCGGGAGUUGUAGUCAUUGCCAAAAGGAAAUCAAUCCCGAAGAACACCGAAAUCACGUGAUAGACACUCAUGGAUUAUCCAAAUAUUUGGAGGGACGGAAGUUUGGAAAUGGGACCUUAUUCUAACUGUUCAAACUCAUCAAUCCAUCGUUACAAUUAGCGAGUUGUUCAAGGAAAAACGGCUCAAAAAUAAAGGUUUUUGAUGCUUCAAGAGAAGAUCCAUUCUCACGAUGGCCAAGGGAAUUGGUCAAAUAUGAUGCGGGGGAUAUUUUGAUCGUUGCCCUAACAUUGUGGAGUGUGACACUGGACUUGAUGGCACUCCAAAAUCUCUCUGAGGAUGCGAGCGUGCUUGAAUAUAUGAGAUAUGUUCUUCACAUUCUCAAAGUAGAGCCGUCCCUUACCGUAGCCGCUGCCAAGGACCGUGUAUGGCCGUUCAAACCGUUCCGGAGCAAUAAUGUUCCUGGAGCACACAACAUUCCAACGCGGUUCCAUGUGGAGAAUUACAAUCCCCUCGAAUUGGCUAAAGCAACUAGGGCCUCACCACCCAAGAGAGUAACGCCGCAGAAUGUCAUUGCUAUUUUGAAUGAUGGAAACAAUUUCAGAAUGCCUUACUCUCAAUCAAAGUGCUUCCUCGCAGAUUGCAAGAAGACCCCGGGUCAAUUUACGUCUACAUUGGUCCCGGGAACGUCACUACGUGUCAUCAAGCGCGACCCCGGUAAAGAGAGAGACCCGGACUUUUUUGGGGUGUGUGGUAGAUGUGGCAGUUCGGAACAUGUCAGAGCUUGUUGUGAUGUUGACGAAAAUGAUCUCGAUUGUCUCUACCCUCUGUGUCCUUUGAAAAGAAAUCACCAGACGAAGACUUGCCGUACUCUUCAUCACGUGUGCUCUUUGUGUGGGAGGCGGGGUCAUCAAGGAAUUCACCACGAAUCAUUUACGCCUAUCGAAUUGAAGAAUUUCUUCGAUUAUUUUUCGCCUUGGGGAUUCUACACAUGCCUACCGAUUUUGAAUGGAGUGGAAGGUUUCCCCAGUAAAGACGCUGAUUUUCGGUUUGGUUAUUUUCGCGUUUCCAAGAUGCAUAAUUACGGUCCAAUGAAUGCUCAUGUCACUUGGACUCGGCCAACGUCUGGUCGAAGGAGGCGCUGUUCCGAUGCUUUGGUGAAGUCCGACGGACUUCAGGCCGGAGAUAAUGUGGUGGAAACUCGUCGGAAAAGAGGGCGAGAGUGAGGAAUCCUCGUGAGAAGAUCAUUAUGAAGAAACGAGCCCCAAUGAUGAGUAAAAGAAAUACAGUUACAUUUUUCACCUUCUAGAAUAAAGAGUUCGUGAAAGAUA